AUGUUAUUGCUCGAUUUUCGUCCGCGUAGCUGGUUGGUUCGUCACAAUUUUUUAUAAAUUAGGAAGAACUAAAUAAACUAAGCGGACAUUGGCUUAAAGGCCAGCAAACAAUAUACGGAAAUAAACAAGUUUGUUGGCCGCUCCUGUUGGCCAAGUUUUUUUUUGUUGUUGCUUUGGCAACCGUUGGAACAACAACAGCAGCAACAACAACAUAAACAACAGGGACACAUAAGGGUACUUCCAUUUCUGAAAACAUUUGCUCUUUUGAAACAAAAAAUAAAAAGAAAGAAAAACCCAGCCAGACAGUCUGGAAAAUCCAUAGAAAUACAAACACAAUUUUAAGUCGGCACUAAAAACCGAAAGUGGCUGUAUCCCCGAUUUUGAUGAGCAGCCAACGGAGAUUUCCGGUAUCCAGCCAAAUGGCGAGGUGGAGUUCCACGUUCCAGCUUUCCAAUGCGACGAAUAGUUCUAUGAAAUAAUUCAUUGCGUACCGACCAGCACGCCCCAUAUCGUCGACCGUCCCGCCCCCUUACGACGCUCCCUCCCCCCCUCGGGCCACGCCUCCGCCACCGUCACGCCCCCUUCCGCUCGACACAGCGUUGAAGGCAGAUAGUCAGUAAAUGGAAUGGAAUAAAAUAAAUCAAAACCGCAAAGGCAGCGAAACGGCGGAGUUGACAAACAAAAAUAUUAUACAAAAUUCGAAUGCGAACGAAUGCUAUCGAAAAACCAACGCAGCGUAACGCGGCCAACACGAAAGAAAUCAAAACACCACUUGCAACACAGGCUGCAACUGCAACACAGGCUGCAAGCGCAACAGGACGAGAAUUCCUCGAACAGAUCCAGCGACUAGGAUGAAGGGCGGCAACUACACCAGCCUCGGCACGUGCAGUGGCAUCAAUGUCAGUGGCAACGUGGCCGGCACCCGCAAGAUGUCACUGGGCAAAUCCAUUAAAAUGUACCUGACCAUUUUCAUCCUGACCACCUGCAUUUAUAUGGCGCUCUAUCAGUACCACAUAUCCCGUGAACCCUUCGCCGCCAGCGAGGUUGUCAAGCAUCAGGAGAAAUCAUCUUCAUACAUCGCUUCAUAUUUGUGGUCACCCAUUUCCCUGCUAAUGGCCAAUAGUUCCUCCAAUACCAAUAACAAUUCCACAACAACAAGCACCACAACAACAACAGCUCCAACGACACCAACAACCACAACAACCACGACAGUGGGCAGUGUGGGCCAAAAACUGGGCGCAUCCUCCAUCUCCUCCAUUCGCAUGGUAUCAUUAGCGGCCACAAUACCGUCAUUUAAAUCGACCUUAUCGGAAUCGCGAUCGGUAUCGUUGGGUGGCCAUCAAAAGACUGCAACAGUGAAAACAAGCACCACAAUCACAACAAGAACAACAGCCAGUGGCUUGGCCACAACCAAAUUGUCAGCAACAACAAGAACAACAGCCAAAACAAGCGCCAAACUGUCCGCGGCAACCACGCCCACUGCCUCCCACAUGGAAAACGGCUAUAAGACUCGACCAACAUUUGUUGCCGCAUCCCUGCCCCCGCCCCUGUACAUAAUCACGCCCACCUACCGACGACCCGAGCAGCUGGCGGAGCUCACCCGGCUGGGAUAUACGCUGAAACAUGUGGUGAAUCUACUCUGGCUGGUCAUCGAGGAUGCCAACAAGACGAAUCCGCUGGUGGGCCACACUUUGGACCGCAUCGGAGUGCCCUACGAGUACAUGGUGGCGCCCAUGCCGGAGAAGUACAAGCAGACGAAGAAGGCCAAGCCGCGUGGCGUCUCCAAUCGGAAUCGGGGCCUCGAGUAUCUGCGCGAGCAUGCCACCGAGGGAGUGCUCUACUUUGCCGACGACGACAACACCUACGACAUUAGCAUAUUCGAGCAGAUGCGCUACAUCAGCAAGGUGGCCAUGUGGCCAGUGGGCCUGGUCACAAAGACCGGAGUGAGCAGUCCCAUUAUUCAGGCGGGCAAGCUGGUUGGCUACUACGAUGGCUGGAUCGGAGGACGCAAGUAUCCAGUGGACAUGGCUGGAUUUGCAGUGAGCGUCAAGUUCUUGAAGGAGCGUCCCAAUGCCCAGAUGCCCUUCAAGCCGGGAUACGAGGAGGAUGGGUUUCUCCGCAGUUUGGCACCACUUGACGAUGCGGAAAUCGAGUUGCUGGCGGACGAGUGCAGAGAUAUUCUCACGUGGCACACGCAGACGAAGAAGAACGCACCCGCUCAGGCGCUGAACAGGACGCGCUACAAGAACACGAACCUGGAGCACAUAGAUAGGCUACUGGUGCGGCCAUAGGGAUAUUUACUGUAGUUAGCUAGUUAGGAUUAGCAAGGAGCUCGCCGUAUCCAGGUUGGCUCGCUAGCAUAUUGACCGUGGCUCAGACGGAUUGUACAGGUACAAUCCGGCGCACGGAGAUACCAAUCAGAAUUGAUCAGAUCAUUAGUCGGUGUACAUUAUUAUCAUAAUCAUAUGAUUAGUUAGGCUCUAAGCGCACACAUACCUAUGAUAAUUCUUUGCACCGUAGUCUUUGUUUGUUCGCACACCUAAUCGAAACUUGAGUAAGCUAUUGUAUCAUAUCUCAGCGUCCAUGACUACUUUGUAAAUAAUUUAAGAUUAAAGUUGUUUUACGCUCUAAGUUGAAACGGAAUUCUCAGCCAUAAAAGCAAAAAUCAGCAACGAAUUGUAUAAGAUGUUCCUAGACCAAAGAAAAAGCCCCUCAAGUUUUGCAUUCAGCAAUGCCCCUGGGAAAAUGCAAUCACCUGCGACAGCCAGGACCUCCAACUGCCGUCUGCAGGAUUCGUGCGAGGUCAGGGUCUGAACCACAUCAACAAUCAAUUAGGGCAAGGUGUCAACAAAAAAUGGUUGUUCUUCGAAUUGUUCUGAAACCGGGGCAAGCGUUCAAAUAAUUUAUGCCGACAUAUGGAUGAAUGUUCGAGGCGGCACAGAUAAGUCGUGCACGGAUGAGCCUCCUGCCCCGGCGAAACCAAACGGAAUCGCGUGCUUCGUUUAAAUUGCACGAAAUAAAAAUUGGAUACGAACAGGACGAAGGAGACAUACCUAGUUUAAACAAUGUAAGGGGUUUUGGGCCCUGCUCUAAUGGGACUGAAUGGCUUGAAAGUUUGGCAUAAUCAAUUUCAUCCUAAACGCUGCACGAUUUUUUGUCGAAUGAGAACUACUUUUUGUAUACCUAAGAUAUGCGUUUUGUUCUUCGUCCGAAACGGGUUUCCAAAGCAAAACUUUUUCACUACUCAUAAGUAUGCUAAGUUAAGUUUAUAUAGAAAUUUAUAUUCAAGUUAUGAACUGCACUGAAAUCGCCUACAUGUAAAUACUAAUCACCAAAUAUUGUAACCAAAUUUUUACAAGUCCCGCUAAAGCAGGGAGAUGCGCAGGGAUUGGAAAAAACUCUGACAAAUGGUAUUACGAGAUUUAUACAAUUUAUACAAUUGAAUAUGGAAUGCGAUGUGCCGCAAAGACAUUAGUUAGGUACUUACAAAAUCUUACAGAAAUAAAAUAACAACCGAGUCUUGAUGCAAACUCGAGUUAAGCAACUUAAACAUUUUCCAAAAAUAUCUUACAAUGUUUCAAUGAUUAACUACACAGAUACCGAAAUACGUCUAAAACUAUUCUCUUAUUCAAGUAAACUACAACAUAAAAUGUUUAAACCUGACAGGGCUAAUAGCAAGGAACUUCAAUCAUUUUUAAACAAAAUACAAAUACCUUUCAAUAAAUUGAUAAACUUUUCUUAAAAAUUUUCAAAGC